GUUCUUCUUCUUCAAAUCAAACCUCUUUAUUUUUCCCAAUGGCGAAGUUUUCUGUGCUCUGUUUGUUUUUCGCUCUCUCCCUUUCACUUGCUUGCGCUGGAGCAGAGAAUGAUCUGUAUUCAAAUGAAGAACUUACUCUGGAAAAUGGGCUUUCAUGGACGUUUUAUAAGAGCAGUUGUCCCAAAGUGGAAUCCAUUGUCCAGAAAAGAAUCAAGUUUUAUCUAGAAAAGGAUAUUACUCUGGCAGCCGGGUUGCUGCGUCUUCACUUUCAUGACUGUUUUGUUCAGGGCUGUGAUGCUUCUGUUCUGCUGGAUGGACCAGGCAACGAGCCGAGUGAGCAAAACGCCACUCAAAAUUUAACGUUACGGAGAAAAGCUUUUGAAAUAAUAAACGACAUUAAAGAACAUGUGGACAAGGCCUGCGAUGUCGUCGUGUCCUGUGCAGAUAUUACUGCUCUGGCAGCUCGGGAUUCAGUCGCAGAGAGUGGAGGGCCAAAAUACAAAGUUCCACUGGGGCGAAGGGACAGUGUGGAGUUUGCGAGUGAGGAAGUGACAGUUGCAAACAUUCCAAUUCCAAGCUUUGAUACGUCAGAGCUCAUUGAUGCUUUUGAUGCUAAAGGCCUUGAUGUCAUUGAUCUUGUGGCUCUUUCAGGUGCGCACACCAUAGGAAUAGCUCAUUGCUCAGCAUUUGAGGAGCGACUAUACCCCACACAAGAUAGCACUCUUGCCAAGAGAUUUGCCAAAAACUUGAAAGUCAUAUGCCCAAGCACAAACAUCACCAACACCACUGUAUUAGACAUUCGCUCGCCCAUUGUAUUUGACAACAAGUAUUAUGUGAACCUUAAGAAUCGAGAGGGCCUCUUCACAUCUGAUCAAGAUCUUUACACAGACACUCGCACCAAGCAAAUCGUCAAAGACUUUGCCCUUGAUCAAGAUCUCUUCUUUGAGAAGUUUUCUUGGGCUGUGGCAAAAAUGGGUCAAUGGAACGUACUGACAGGCAUGGAAGGAGAAAUUAGAACCAGCUGUUCUGCUCCCAACCCAACUCCUUCCAUCACUACAGUGGAAGAUGAAAUCGAUUUUGUGGAGCUUUAAGCCUCACCUACUUUACAAUUUGUCCCUAUACUGUUCCAAUGUUCUAGACAUAUUGCUAAUUUAGUCUUGUUGAAAAAAAUGUUUUCUUUAAUAAUGUUAGAGCUACAACUCUAGUUGGAAUAAAAUAAUCUCACUUGUUAUAAACAUGUGAAGAUUACAUUUAUUAAAAUCCUGAUUUUUUGGGGGAUAUUAUUAAAUAUUUUAUUUAUGUUAUUUUUUAU